AUGGGAUUGAAACGCACUGGGGUUAUUCAAAUCAUGACGUUGGUCAUCGUCUGGAUUGUCUUUAUGACCAGAUGGAUAGCAAAAUCAUAUACAACUACCACCUUAUCGUUUGACCGAAUCUGCUCUCCACCCAGCCGAUGCUCUCUAAAGUCGUUCCUAAACCCCGUCCAGGAACCCCUCCAGCUUAUACGUCGGCCUGCGAAUCAUAAAUACCCAUACACCAUUGUGACCGCUGCCAGUGGAAAUCAUUUCUGUUCAUUGGAGAACUUUCUCUACAAUUUGCACGACUUACGACAAGAAAUCCCAGAGGAAGAAUUUCCUCGAAUCGUGGUAUACAACAUUGGCUUCAACCGCACUCACCUUCCCAUUCUUGACCAACUGCAAGACCAGGGAGUCAUUGACGAGAACGUUAUCUUCGAUUUCGAUAUAUACCCUUCCUUCUGGGACGUCAAUGUCCGAGCUGGCGAAUACGGCUGGAAGGCCGGCAUUGUCGAAGAGGUCAGACAAAAAUAUGGCGGCGUGAUCCUUUGGCUUGACUCGGGUGAUGAAGCCUCCGCGGACUUUUUAAGAACCAUCCCACACUACAUCCGUCGCCAUGGAUUCUGGUCUCCCCGGUCAUCUUCUAACAUGGGUACCUGGACGCAUCAAGGUCUGUUUGAUUACUACAAUGCGAAGAAAUCCGAUUAUGAGGAGUACAUCAACUGCAAUGGCGCCAUCGUUGGCUUUGACGCAAACAACGCUACCGUCGUCAAUGAUAUCAUGACCCCUUGGUAUCAAUGCGCAUUAGAUAAGGACUGCAUUGCCCCUCGUGGUUCAUCGAGGCAUAAUCAUAGACAAGACCAAGCAGCCCUGACAUUCCUUGUUUAUCGCAGUGGUCACCAAUGUUUUGGCCCUCCACCUGUGUGGGGAGUGACAACUCAUAAGGACGGCGACUGCCAAAUAAACCUGCAAGAAAGACGAUUGGCUAACAAAUUGUUUUCUCUUUCUUCUCUUGGUAAGUAA